CAGUGACGCCUUGGCAAGAGCCACAUUGGUGGGACAGGAGGAGGGAGCAGCCGACCACUGAAAGUCCCUGCAUAAAUAAUUUGCCAAAUAGUCUGGGCUGCUCUGCGUGUGCUGGGAAAAGCGGUAAGUACAUGCGGGGAAUUCCAGGGACCAUCCCGCGCCAAAGGAAUCGUAUUCCCUCCCUCUCCCUCUCUUCCCUCCGCCUCCUGUCGUCAUCCUGGACACGUGUGAGGACCUGAAUAACAGCUAAAGCUCUGUCUCGGCGCUUCAUCAUCCUGGAAUGAGCGGCAGCAUCCGUGUCGCUCCGGAGGAUGCAAUAAGCAGCCGGGAGUGGGAAAUACUGCCGGUAAUCCCUCCCUGCCUGCCUUUCCUUCUGCCGACCACGGGAACAUGAAGGCUGCCUGUCUGCAGAUGCUGCUGCUGCGGGCCCUGUGCCUGCUGAGCCUGGCUGGAGGGCAACCCAAAGCACCUGUGAAGUGUUCAAACGAGUGCAGAAAUUUUACAAGGAGGUUACCAGAGAAGCUGAUCAGUAGCUACCGCGAGACCGAGCCCAGCUGCAGACGAAGUGCCACCAUACUUAUUACUGUGAAGUUCAAGGAGAUUUGUGCAAAUUCAUCUGAAGACUGGGUGAAGAAGAUCAGAGACAAACUGGACAGGAAAAAGGCCACAGUGAUGCCACCCCAUGAUGUCACCUCAGCAGAAGAGCCUGGUAGCAUUGAGAGACAUGUUGGUCUUCCAGAACUGGCUCCAUCCCAAGCCACUGCUCCAACUAGUUUCUUCCAAGGGACUGGAACAACAAUUAGGGAGAGAAUACGUGCCUCUGCUGCCACGACAGAGGUGUCCAGCCAGCCCCCACUGGGCAAGCAGGACCCCACCCAGCUCCCUGCAGGAUCCACCCCCGUGACACAGGAAGAGGCUGCACACCCUGAGGUCACUCCAGAAGCAAAGGGAGAGUCCUCAAAUUCUCCUGCGUCUUCAGCAACCAUUGCAGCAGGCGUGGGCUCCAGCCAGCCCACCCCAGGCCCCACUGCUCAAGAUACAGCUUCUCCUGACUCAAACUCACACCUGAGGGCUGCUGCUGGAAGAUCAAACCAACCUGAACUUUCUACCAGUGGAUCCCUGGACCCUACAAGAGCCAGAGCCAACACACCAGACACUGCUUCCGGCAGGUCUAGGUCAGGUCUCCCCUCCAUCUGGGACCGUAUGAAGACCACAACAGUCACAGAGACAACACCACAGACUACUUCAGUUUCUACUCUGAGCUCCACCACUGCCAUAGACAAAGCUGCUUCUUCUGUCCAUACCAACAGGGUGGUUAGACCCUCUGCAAAUGUGUUUGGCACUACAACAUUUGAUCAUUCAUUGCCUGUAGGGAAGCAGGAGCCUUCAGACAGAGUAGUUUUUACUCACCAGGCAUUGUCAGGCCAAGCCAGAGUGCAGGUGAUCACAGUCAGGCCCAACAAUCUGCCUCUGCCCAGCUUCUUGUCAAAAUCUCAAAUGCACUUUGUCAUCCCAGUUUCUGUGGUAUGUGGACUGAUGGCUGGCAGUGUUGCUCUUGUGUGGGUGUAUCUGAAAUUUGGGGUCAAACCAGAAGAAACGUCAAGAGAAAUGGUGCAGGGCUUGCUCUACCAGCAGGCAGGACAUCAAGACAAUGUCUAUCCAAUGGAAGUAAUAUGAAUGCUUCAUGGCAUGGACAUUUCUGGCCUCAACUGUAUGUGUGUGGAUCCAGGAAAGCUGUUCAUGCUGAACUGGUGACCAGUAGGAAGCAAGCAUGGGAAUAAAAAUCACAGAGAAAACUGAUUUUUUGGUAGAGCAGAAUGCCCAAUAAUAUAUCUACUUUAUCAUUGACCAAUCACAGUGUUUUGGAAAUAAGAUAGACACUUCUUUUCUACUGCCACUGUUCUGUACAAAGGCUGUGGCUGUUCUAUUGCUGUUGCUCUUUGCCAGGUGAUGUGGUUUUUUUCCAAGUCUCUGUUGGGAAUUUUUCUGUGGUUCAUCAUGGCCUAGGCAAGAGGCCACUCACCCACCCACACUGCUGGACUUGGGCUCAGCCACCUUGAGAAAUAGCACCAAACCCACACAAUUUGCACUUAAACUCUCUGCUGCUUCUUUCUUUGCACUUCAGGUCUCUGCUCUGUCAGACCAAGACUGAAGCUGGUGCCCAGCUGGGUGCUGGCUCUCCUUGGGCUGGUGGAAUUCACUCAUCAUUUUCUCUUGCUGGAGACACGAGGGAUAGCCCAGCUUUUCAGAAAUAGCUGACCAACACUGCAUCUGAUGAGGGGACUGAAGGUCAGUGCUACAGAUCUUCUAUUCAGAGAAGUUGGCAACCUCUAUCUAUAUCCUCUGUCUAUCUCCUCCUUGAAAUCAGGCCCUUCCUUUUAGCAGCUAUGGGUAUUUCUUCUUGCAGAUGAAUUCUGAGAGCUGGUUCUUGGUAAAUCAAUGCAAUAAAUCCCUUCUGCCAGCUGAUGCACCUUGUGUCCAGCUGCAUCCAUCACCAUGGCAGGAUAGUGCUGAUGAAUCUUCACAAAAGGGAGAAAUCAAGAAGUCACCCAAUAAUUUUGCAUAAUUCCUAUGUUAUCAUUGGAACAGUUUUGCUGUUCUCUGCAAGCACAAAAUCCAAGAAAUGUGGAGCUAAAGGCAAUCCUGGAUAUAGUAAUGAAGGAAUUACUCUACUGCAGCAGAUAUAACAUCCUUUUGAUUUCAUUUUCUCUCUAGAAAUAAGCACAUUUUCUGAUCCACAAAAAAAAAAAAAAAAAAAAAAAAAAAAAAAAAAAAAAAAAAAAAAAAAAAAAAAAAAGGCAAAAAAGUAGCACAAAAUGCCUAUUAAUGGUCCUAUACUUCAGCCAUAUUUUACUUUUUCCAUUUUGGAUAGCACUGAUCACCAGCCUAUGAAAGCACUGUAACAGAACCAGGCUUUUUUAAACCCCAAAUUGAUUUUGAUUUUUAUACAUCCUGACAUUGCUGUACAUAAGUGUUAUGUUUUAUCUGUGGUCAAGCCCUUAUUAAACUUCGUCUCCAGGAUGAAUUCUACUGGGGCGUGCAAAGGUCUUCGUGAUAUAAUACUUUGUAAGUAGAAGCACAUCAAGGGUCAGAUCCUAACCAACCUCAGUGGAUCCGAUCCCUAAGUACAAAUAUGCAUGCAGAAAAUAAAAGAAAGAUCAGCAAGAAAAAAGGAAGAAAAUAAUAAGCAAGAUCAUAAAAAAUGAUGGGCCAGCUGUAAAGCAGAGCUUGAGGAAUGUGGCCUGUUAGAUCUGUCAGGUUGCACCCUCAGGACAUCCAUGCAGCCCUGCAGGGGGAGAGGACAAACUACAACUGUGCUUGCUUUCCAUCACACAUCCCUUACUUCUGCAUUUUGUUGACUUGAGGGAUUCCUCUCGGCCUUUGCAAGUAUGGGAUGCAAUCAGAUGAAUUUCAAUGAUUAAUUUGGAGUGAGAUCCUUCCUUGUGCAGCAGCUCAGCUGUGGAACUCUGUCUGGGGUUGAUUUUCCUAGAGGGUAAAUCUGGCUCUGCCAGUGCCACCUCCCCAUGAACCCCACCUGUGCGCAGCUGGAACUCGUGAGGUGAUGUACUGAGGCAUUAUUUUUAUAUGAAACACUAGAAAUGUUAUUUUUGUAAAAAGGUUUUAUAGCUUUUUGAAUGUAUGUAAUGUCCUGUUUGAGCAGCUUGGAGUCGAGACCUUUUUGGCAGCACUGGGAAACACUGUGCCUUGUCUAUUUUGUUGUGGGUCUUAGAUGGCUUGUGCAUGUCCAUGGGAGCUGGAUCUCUGCCCAGGCCCCUCAGCAGAUGGAGUGGACACUUGUCUGCUGCAGGUGAAGUGCUUGUCUUGCAGCAAUGCUGGGGAGAUGGAUGUGCACCAGCCAGAUCACAUGGAGUCCCACCAGUCUUGGGAAGGACACUGCUUCCAGCUCCAGCACCAGCUCCCACCAUCUCCCAGCUGCCUGAUCCCACUGGAACUCAUCAGGAGCAGCUGCUCCUCCAGGCUGGCCCUGUCCUUGUGCUUUCCCUGCUCCCCUCUCCUAUCCCUUGGCUGUUUGCAGGCAGGGUGCUGGCACCCUCACAGGGGACAGGUGAAACCCAGGACAGGGGGACACUGCUGUUCCUCUCUGCAAUGGGCAGUCUGGGAGGGAGGGAGGAUGGAGCCCGUGGGUGUCACCCAUUCCUGGGGGUUAAAACACCACUUGCUGUAGAGCACAGUGACUGUUACAAGCUCCAGUUCAUUUGUGUAUUGAGUGUGUGCAUGAGAUAUGAGCUGUACAUUUUUAUAGAACUAAAAGUAAUAAAGUCUUUAUGUUAAAAACUUUCACACCAAAAA